UUACAUAUAUGGAAGCGUUAUAAUCUCUAUCCCUGAAACAUUUUGACUUUCUUGAUUACUCUGCUAAGGUCAAUAAGAGGGAUUGUAAUCUAUUUCCGCAUCAGCAUUUUGACUUUUGGUUACUCUAAGAAGAUCAAGAAGAGCGAAGUAUCCAUCGUCUUAUUCAUCUGCUCUCUUGGGUUUUCUUCAAACAACGCCCUUUUGUCUUGGCAAUAGUACGAUGCAAAUUACUUGUUUACUUUCUUGUUACACUGCUUUUCGCGAUGGGGGACAGAGGCCCAAACAACACAGUUGAUGAAGCUCUAAUAGCCAUGGGUUUUGGAAAUUUCCAAUUUCUUGUGCUUGCUUAUGCUGGCCUUGGUUGGGUUGCAGAAGCGAUGGAAAUGAUGCUACUCUCUGUUGUAGGCCCAGCAGUUCAAUCUGCAUGGAGUCUUUCCUCUCAGCAACAGAAUCUGAUAGCCAGUGUAGUUUUUGCUGGCAUGCUAAUUGGGUCUUACUCAUGGGGUAUUGUUUCAGAUAAGCAUGGAAGAAGGAAGGGAUUCCUUGUCCCAGCUCUAAUUACUGCUAUUGCUGGUCUACUGAGUGCCUUUUCCCCUAGUUAUAUAUUUUUGGUUAUUUUUCGUUUUAUGGUUGGUAUUGGUCUGGGAGGUGGCCCUGUACUAGCAUCUUGGUUUCUGGAGUUUGUUCCAGCUCCCAGCAGAGGGACCUGGAUGGUGGUGUUUUCUGCAUUUUGGACGCUUGGAACAAUUUUUGAAGCAUCACUUGCAUGGUUGAUCAUGCCACGACUGGGUUGGAGAUGGUUACUUGCAUUAUCUUCCCUACCCUCGCUACUCCUCCUCCUUUUCUACAGAGUGGCUCCUGAGUCACCAAGAUAUCUAUGCUUGAAAGGCAGAACUGCUGAUGCCGUUAAUAUUUUGGAGAAAAUGGCAAAAAUGAAUGGAACAAAACUACCUCCUGACAUCAUUACUUCACCUGAUGAUCAAAUUGAUCUGCAGAGAAUUAAUACAGAAGAAACAAGUUUACUCUCACCAAGAAAUGAAGGUGGACCUACUAAAGGAAUGGAUACUAACUCUGGGGGAAUUUCGUCAUUGUUAAUGCUUCUUUCAUCACAAUUGGCAAGGCCAACCCUUCUCUUGUGGAUAGUUUUCUUUGGCAAUGCUUUUUCAUAUUACGGCCUUAUUUUGUUGACCUCAGAAUGGAACAAUGGACGUGGCAAAUGCUCGUCAAAUAGACUGCAGUCAGAAGAGAAGACCAAUGAUUUUAGCUACAGAGAUGUUUUUAUUGCUAGUUUUGCAGAGCUACCUGGGCUACUAUUGUCUGCUGCUGCAGUAGAUAGAAUUGGUCGUAAGAACUCAAUGUCAGCUACGCUCUUCGUGUAUUGCAUUUUCCUUCUACUACUAGUUUUUCAUCUGCCUGAAGAUCUAACAACAGGACUUCUGUUUGGAGCUCGCAUAUGCAUCAUGGCAAGCUUCACUAUUGUGUACAUAUAUGCUCCAGAGAUAUACCCAACAUCAGUGAGAACAACUGGCGUUGGAAUCGCAAGCUCAAUGGGCAGGAUUGGUGGAAUGAUAUGUCCAUUAGUGGCAGUGGGUUUAGUGCAAGAUUGUCAUCAAACUCUAGUUGUGAUUCUCUUUGUGAUGGUUGCCCUUGUUUCAGGAAUAUGCGUAAUGCUCUUUCCUGUUGAGACCAUGGGCCGAGAACUGCCAGAUGAUGAGCCCAGUUCAAUAAAAAAUUAACGCAUCACAAUAACAAGGAUGGACAAUGUGAUGUGGCUGGACGGAAGCCGCCUGGACUCGGCACUAAGAUUGAAUAUGGCGGUGGCAAUGGCAGACGAUGAGUGGAUGAUGUCGUCAGACAUCCAAGUCAACUGAAGGAUUGGUUUUUCAUCAGAAGAUGAGGGCAUUUUUGAUGAUUAAGAAACUGAGAAGCAUUAGUUUCCUCAGCACAUUUGUAUUCUCGUAUUUCAGGUGGAAUCGUAUCUGGGAAGGAGACAUGCAUUGUUUUGCUAGGUAUUGGUUAACAAUUUGUGAAGAAUGGCAUGUAUUAUAAUUAUAAAUUUUAUAAAUAUAUGAGCUUAGGGGCAAUGAUCCCCCCCGGAAUGAUAUUUUGUAAGGAUUGUAUGUGUAUGUGAUAUUAUUACUAUUAAAUUUUAUUAAUUGUUCCUGAUAUGUAAUUUGAAUUUUUUUUAAUAUAUUCUUUCACCUUUUAUUUGAUUA